AUGGCUCCAGUCAGUGAUGUUGAUGAAAUCAUUGAAACCGAAGUGUGUAAUCGCUUAAUCCGUCUUUCAUGCGCAAAAAUGGUCAAUUCAAAAAGUGAACGGGGUGGUGCGAAGCUACAUCGAAAUUUAUUAAUUCUACAUUUGUUGAGGAGGGCUCGCGAUGAACAGAAAAGGUUUCCGAUGUUCGCAAGUGACUCCGAAUGGAUGGAAGAGCCAAGAUUAACAGAGAACUCCAUGAUGAUGUUGCAUUCAAAUCCUAUGCCAGCUUUGGACACUUAUUCUCCGUCUCAUUAUGUUGAUGUGGAUGACGAAGACGAAAUGGAUGAUGCUGAUUAUGAGAAUGCGGAUGAUGAUGAUGAUGCAACUCACUUGUUGGAUUUGUCAAAGAAUCAUGAACCAAUGCAUUUGGGUAGCAGCUGUGAUGGCUUGGUAAAGCAGGAGCAAAUCGAAUUUGGAUAUUCGACGCUUCGUCUUGCACCAUUGCAGUAUACAUUUGCUGGCCCGGAAAUGUACGGUAUGGAUGAAACAGCAACCCAACAGCACAUGUACAACGACUCUACAUCCCUUCCUGAUUUAUAUUUUUCGGAGGACAUAAUUUCAUCGCAGUCGGUUAGCCAGCAUUCAAAAGAAAGAGAAGAGGAGGAAUUUGCAACAGAUAAAUCAAAACGAGAUUCUGACUUUGAUUGUUUAACAGUUUCUGAUGACACAUUCGUUCCUCCAGUUUCGGAAUCUGUCUCAGAUGACGAAGAAGUUUGUUCAUGUACCAGUGAUGGCGAGACUAAGGAAGACAGAGAUUCUGGAAGUGACUCAUGUUCAACGACUUCUCUACAACGUCGAAAACGUAAAACGUCCGCACUUCGUUUACCGUCUUCAUGCAAUGUGAAAAAGUGUUGUGUUGAAGAGCGUCAGUUGACAGGUCUAAUUUCGGUGUUCAACUCAGGCCUAAGCGUUGUCGCUGAUCAAUUUCUUGCACGACCGACUGUUUCCAGCGUUUCUUCGCUUCAACAGACUCCAAAGCAGAUUAAUUCAUUUAUACAUAUUACCUGUAAUCCAUUGAUCUGUUAG